GCUGGAGCGGUUAGGCAAGAUUUGCCCUAUAUUCCAUCUUGUUUAUCCCUUAUUGCAACUCUUGAUUUUACUGAAUGGGGUACAAUGUUUAAUUAAACCGCGUCAAGUGCAUGGAGCCCCUAACAUAAUUUAUCUUUUCGGGGUAAACUUGAGUUAAAUUAGUAUUGAUUACUUCCGUGACCCAGAAGGGUAAGCCGAUUGUGUUGUAAUCACUGAUAUAUAGAGAUUUAGUCGAAUGCUUAUGUACAACUGUAAAGGUUUUUCUGGUCCUGAAUAUUACUCAGAAGGAUGGAACAAAGCAAGAAAGAAUAUAGACUUGUAUUGCCAGUGCCUAUGUUUCACAGUGACUAUAACAUCUGGGCAGUGUUAAAAAAUUGUAUUGGAAAGGAAUUAAGCAAAAUAACCAUGCCGGUAGUAUUCAAUGAACCGCUCAGCUUUUUGCAAAGAAUGGCUGAGUAUAUGGAAUAUGCUCAUUUGCUUAGAAUCGCCGCUCAACAAGAAGACCCUAUUGAAAGACUACAAUAUGUUAUUGGGUUUGCGGUCAGUGCUCUUGCUUCAAACUGGGAGCGUCUGGGAAAGCCCUUCAAUCCCUUACUUGGUGAAACCUAUGAGCUGGAAAGAGAGGAUUUCAAAAUAAUUUGUGAACAAGUAAGCCAUCAUCCACCAGUAUCAGCAUUUCAUGCUGAAAGCGAUGACUGGGUGUUCCACGGAUCUGUCCAUCCUAAGUUAAAGUUUUGGGGCAAAAGUGUGGAAAUUCAACCUAAAGGAACCGUUACUGUAGAGUUUCCGAAGUUGAAAGAAGCAUAUACUUGGAACAACGUCACAUGCUGUGUCCAUAAUAUCAUUAUGGGUAAAAUGUGGAUGGAACAAUGCGGAAAUAUGGAAAUAGUGAGCAACUCUGGUUAUAAGGCGAAUCUCACAUUUAAGCAAGCCCGGGGAAGUUCUAAAAACCUGCAUAGAAUUGAAGGCCACAUUUCCGAUAAAUUAAAGCAAAAGCUCUUUUACGUUUAUGGAAAAUGGACUGAAUUGAUUAAAUGCACCGAAUAUGCCAGAUACGAAGAAUUUAUUAAAGAAAGCUCCAGCAAAUGUGGCGAAGCUAGAAGUAAAAGCCCAAAUGAUUCGCCUUCGCACACUUCCAGGAAAAUGCUACAAAAAUUUAACAGUCUAAAGGUCUCAACAUUUAGGUCUCAAAAUUCCACUCAAGAGCCAAAUGAUGUCGAUGAUCCAGAAGACCUUCCGAAAGGUGAUUCCGAUGUGCUUCCGGAUAUUCCAAAUUCGAAAACGAUCUGGAAAGUAAAUCCCAGGCCACCACAAAGCGGUGAUUACUAUCAGUUUACAAUGUUUGCAAUGGCUCUUAAUGAAUUGGAACCCGGGAUGGAGAACAUUCUCUGCCCAACCGACUCUAGACUUCGACCUGAUAUUAAGAAACUGGAACAAGGAGAUAUUGACGGAGCCGCAAUAGAAAAAACUAGACUGGAAGAGAAGCAAAGAGAUGCCAAUAAACAGAGGAAGAGUAAACAUGCUGUUCAGUGGACGCCAAGAUGGUUUGUUCAACAAAUUAAUCCUUAUACUCAGCAGGAAGAUUGGAUUUCGAAUGGCAACUAUUGGAAAAGACAAUAUACGAAUGACCUGGACAUUUUCUAGAGUUCCAGAUUAAAGAAGAUGUACCUUAAGUGUUUUGGACAACUUCAUAGAGCCUCUAGACAAAAUCUGUAGUAUUGUGUAUUGUGUAUUUAGAAUGAGGCAUUUUAGGAAAGCUGCAAAAUAACUUCCUAACAAUAUGUAUACAUAUGAAGAAUUAUUUUUUACAAAUUUUUUGUAAUUUAGACAAACUCAUGUUAUUUUGUAUACUUCGUAUACUGUAUCUGCAAUAGUAAAACUGGUUGAUUUCUUAUAAAAUAGACAACAUUAGAUUUUCAAAGCUAUUUAAAAAAACAAAUCUACGUAUUGUCAAUUAAUGGGGUUUUGAAAUGUGUACUUUGUGGACCUACUGCUUCAGUGCCAACGUAGUCAAGAAUAGGCGAAUGGAAGCUUUUAUAACUUCCAGUUGAACUAAGUAUUAAUAGCGUAGAAAGAUGAUCGGAAAGUUUUAACUAAAUUUAGUCAUGUUACGAAAUAUUUGAAGUUCUAAUAUAUAUUAUGUUUAUAACAGCAAAUGGAUGCAACUUCUGCAAGUUGAAUAAUAAUUUCCCAACAUCAUCCACCGUGCUUAUUUUUAAUAUUAAGUACAAAAUUCCACUAUAAAUAUAUUUUUUUAUUAUUUAAAAAUGAUCUGUAAUGUAAAUUGUGAUCUUUCAAACAAAAGUCGUAUGUAGAGUAUAAAAAAAGUCUUAAUUUAAUUUACAGGUCGGUGUGAAAGACCGAAAUCCUUAUUUUUUGACGAAACACCGUAACUGGUUUAACAAAACUUGGUUGCACUGUUGUGUUGGUGUUAAUAAAUCGAUGUAAUUUAUUUGCAACCAACCUGAAUAUUAGGCAAGAAAUCGAAGUUAAAGCUCACAGAGGGUAUUUAAAAGAAUCUCAAGAAAGUCAACUUCUACUGAAACUAAGUAUUUUUUAUAGAAUUUAGAGAAUGUUAAUUUUGGUGGAUUUCGGAAUUUGAUGCCGACAAAUAUAUGAGUCAGGCUUUGUUACCUAUGAUUCAAUGUAAAUAAUUGUUCAAAGCUAAAAGAGUAUUUAUUGACAUGCAUAGUCAAAUGCGUGCAUUGGUUACUACUUUUAGUAGCAAUUAGUGUUUUUAAAGAGCGUCACUGUAUAUUUUUUGAGUAAGGAAAAUCUUUCCGACUAAUAUAUCGGUUGCUAUUAAAUUAACUAAAUAUAAGUACAUAUUAGCUGAAUAGAAAUGUUGUGACUGCUAUUCACAAAGAGAAGUUACAUAAAAUCAAGUUUAUAAAACUGUAAAAUCCAGAAAUCUUUUCUUCCCAUAGAUUUUAUUCGCAAUAGUACCUUCACAUAAUUUUUAAUCAUACCAAUCGACAUAGACUUCAUUUGGGGCCUAUUAAGGCGCAGCGUCGCUGGAGUUCAUAUUGCUUAUGAUUUAUAAUUUAUUUCAAAUUAGAUUAUUUAGAAUAUCAGAUUUUCUGCUCUAAUUUUAUGGUUACAAAUAAAUUUUACUUAAGUAGAGAGAAA